AUGGAGUUACCAAUCAAGGCACAAGAUUCCAGUACUGGCAAGAAAGCUCAAUAUAGAAUUAAGACCAAAAAUCUUUGUUAUGAAUUAGCUUACCCAGUUGAUGAUUUCAAGUGGCUCAACUUCAGGAGGGAACUGAUCCCUAAAGCAUACAUUUUGAAGAAUGUUGAUUUUGAAGCUAGACCGGGAGAGAUCACAGCUAUUGCUGGUCCAAGUGGAGCUGGAAAGACAACAUUGUUAGAAAUAGUUGCUGGAAUGAUCCCUCUGAACAGUUCUAUUGGCCAAGUCACCGUCAAUGACAAGCCUAUGAGUGCUCAACAUUUCCGGAGAGUAUCAGGUUAUGUCACACAGGAAGAAGCCCUCUUCCCACUGCUUUCUGUUGAAGAAACACUGAUGUACAGCGCUCGUUUAAGGUACCAUAGCAGGCACGAGAAGGCCAUGGCUAGAGUGAGUGGGCUAAUAAGGGAGCUUGGACUACAACAUGUUGCCAAUGUAAGAAUUGGUAGUGAAUCAAACCGUGGAAUUUCGGGUGGUGAAAAACGUAGAGUCUCAAUUGGAGUUGAUCUAGUACAUGACCCUAGUGUUCUUCUGCUAGAUGAGCCGACAUCAGGACUGGACUCUUCCUCGGCGCUUGAUGUAGCCUUGUUGCUUAAAUCCAUGGCUGCAAAACAAGGUAAGACAGUUGUGCUAACCAUCCACCAACCAGGUUUCAGAAUUCUUGAGCUAUUUGAUGAAAUUCUAUUGCUAUCUAAUGGAAGCGUGAUUCACCAUGGACCCCUGCACAUACUCGAGCAGCGACUCAGAUAUGCAGGUCAUUCCAUUCCACCCUAUGUUAAUGUGCUUGAGUUUUCUAUUGAAGUUAUGGAAGACUUAGUCAUACAUAUUGGAGAGAAUGAAAUCAGAGGUGGUGAAAUAGAAGAAUAUAAGCAUGUUAGAUCAAAUGCAUUCAUAGAAAAGGCUGCUAAUGAAGACAAAUUUGUGUAUGCCAAUUCUCGGUUCAUGGAGGUUUGCAUACUGGGGCAAAGAUUCUCUAGCAACAUUUGCAGGAACAAACAGCUCUUUGCUGCAAGAACUAUGCAGGCAGUGGUAGCAGGGUUUGUGCUGGGCACUAUUUUCAUGAAUGCAGCUAAUGACCCAAGAAGAGCUAAAUUGCAAACGCAAAUUGGGUUUUUCGCCUUCAGCCUCACCUUCUUGUUCUCUUCCACAACAGAAGGUCUACCAAUUUACCUGCAAGAGAGGACAACAUUAAUGAGAGAAUGCUCCAGAGGUGCUUAUAGAAUCUCUUCUUAUGUCAUAUCAAACACUAUAGUAUUUCUUCCUUUCCUAUUAGGUGUGGCUCUUCUCUAUUCUACCCCAGUCUAUUGGUUUGUUGGACUAAGAAGAGAAAUUGAUGGGUUUCUCUAUUUCUGUCUAGUGGUUUGGAUGGUCAUUUUGAUGUCGAAUUCUGUUGUUGCUUGCUUUAGCGCUCUUGUGCCAAACUUCAUCAUGGGAACAUCUUUAGUGGCAGGGAUUAUGGGGUCCUAUUUUCUAUUUUCUGGGUUUUUCAUACCAAAUGAGGAUAUACCAAAGUACUGGAUUUUCAUGCACUACUUGAGUUUGUUUAAGUACCCAUUGGAGUGUUUCAUGAUAAAUGAGUAUGGGGGUCAGCAAGGAAGGAAGAGAUGUCUGGAAAGUGUUGAGGGAAACUGCUUUAUGUAUGGUGACCAGUUCUUGAUGCAGCAAGGUCUGAAACAAUCAAAAAAGUGGAUCAACUUAGGUGUCAUGUUGAGUUUCAUCUUUGGUUAUAGGUGUCUUUGUUUUCUGAUUCUGUGGUACAGAUCUUACAGAACCAGUAGUUAG